UCGAAGGGAAAUCGGCGUCUUUCCAGAAGUAGACAACAAUCUGUUCAGAGCACACACUUGUGAAUGAACCCUCCAGAUUCCGUUGGUUUUGACGGCGACGAAGCGGCAGCAGUAGCAACGGUAAUAGUUGUGUGCAGUAACAGAGACGCUUCUGUCGAGAAUACGCGCUCGCUAUUCGGUAGCAGUUAGUUCGCCGAUUCGAUUCGAUGCGAUAUCCCGCCAGCUCCAGCGAGUCGGUGCGCUGCGAGAGUCGAGGCCCAGGGCGACCGGAUGACGACGUCGAGCGGUAACCAAGCGAACGUGUUCCUUGCCACAUUUAUUGGUUGUUGCUUGGACUGGCGCGGUGGGGGCCCUCUAGGGGAGUCGUGUUAAUCGAAGUUUCUUUUAACAGCCAAAAGAGAUUUCAUCAUUCGAGAAGCCAGCUAAUGCUUGUGAUCGGUUUUCUCUUUCCUGUUUUCCUUCUCAUCGUCAAGUUACGACGGAAUCAUCGUCGAACAGCGGCGGUCACAGUGGCCUCUGAUCUCCCCCGGAGACGUUGGUGCUAAAACUCUGCCAGGCCGAACAGCCAGUCAAGCGGCUCGCCAGCCACUCGUGAAAUCGACGUUCAAAGCAGGUCGCUCGCGCGCAUGUAGCAACACAUGGACACAGGUGAAUAUCCCUAUCCAUAUUACGGAACGGCUGCUAGUGGAAUAAUGUUGCUAUACCCUAUAUUCAUCGUGCUCGGAGCAGGCAUUAAGUUAUGCACAAGUCAUUCAACCUUGAUUGCCUCAUAUUGGUGCGGCGCGGAGCAGUUCGUUCCAUCAUGCAUUGAAACACCGUUUUUUCCUGCUGCGUAUCCUGCGUACGUUACGUGUGAAUGGUUCAUCCGGUCUCCCAAGGAACGGCAAGCCAUCCUUAUUGAAGGCUUCUCCUACGAAAUGCAGGAGGCUGACGUGCUUACCGGAGAAUGCAAUAGGGACUCCCUAACGUUUUACACGGCCAAAAGUAACCUUACUCUGUGUGGUUCGAACGUACUCCGAUCGUUCGAUUCCGAAUCAUCGUGGAUUCGUGCCGUAUUUCGAGCUCGACACUCAGUGAAUCAGGGUGGGUUCCGUAUCCACUUUGCUCUCAAAUCAGAUAACGCCAUUCUGGACAAUUGAGACGCUAGCUAAAGGUCUAUUUAUCCGGAAAGAAAUAGUUAAAAAAUCACAUUCUGUCGUAAAUAGUACGUGGACUAUAUUUUCAGCAGAAUCUGUUUUAGGUUCCCGAGUCGUUCGACUGUAAAUUGGAGCAUUAGAAUAGCACGCUGAUUAUAAGCACUGUGAAAAGCAUCAACCUUAACCUAUUUAUUUUUGCCUAAAUUUAUUGUUAUUGCCCAAUAUAUUUAGUGUCAUCUUUAUGUAUAAAGUGAAAACCACUUUCGUACAAUUUUCUAAAAAAAUUAAUAGAUUAAUUUUUUUUUAAAAAAAUGUAGCUUAAGCUUCUCUAAGCUAAAAUUGGGAAUUUUAUUGGAUUGCUACACGUUAUUUAUGCAAGGGAUAAUAUUGGAAGAUGACUGUACAAUCUGUAGGGGACCGUCUUCUUUAGGGUCGUUAUCCAGGGAUUUUUAUCAGUCGGAGCGAUACAAGUUUACGACUAGUGCAACGGUAAUAGAAAUAACUGUGGUUUGAUUUUAUUAAGCAAUAUAUAAACGCUUACGAAAUCGUUUAUUUAUUAUUUUAUCAUCCACCGAGUCGCUCACCAGUCUGUAAGAUGGAGUUUAAUGUUGUAUAUAACAUUCAUUUCAUGGGUUAAACUAUGAUUAUGAACGUAGGUAGGGCCUACAAAUUCUGAUUGUAAUAUGUACGGAGAAUUUUGAUAUGAAUAAAAUUUAAAAAAAGAAAAAAAUGAUAUAAAUAAAGGUCACAAUAUUGACUCUUAUUCUAAAAACAUUUAUACGGUUGAAAUUUUCACUUGAUAAGGUUGCCAAUCGUUGGUCUGUCUGUAUGUUAUAUCGGCGUGAGAACUUCAACCAGCAGCCCAUUACGCGGCACUCUCACAUAAAUGCUGUUAUUGUGUUAUUUGAAGUGACAUUAUUUAGAAAAAAUAACAUUUGUCAGACAAUCGUAGCGAUACUUCGGGUAUGACGCACCUGGUCAUUGGGGGGCUAUAGUUGACAUGAUGAGAAUCACGAC